UGGGGCUGCCCCAUAACCAGAGCCCCACAGACUCCAUCCCAUAGGAGGCAUCCAAGGGCAGAGGAGGUUCUGGGAGGUCAAUGGCCUGGAGACAAGGAGGAGGGAGGAGGAGGUGGAACCCAUAAUUACAUGGCCUCAUUGAGGAUGACUCUGCUGCUUCCUCCUAUGGGCCCAUGAGCUCACCCAUUGCAACAGCUCCAUGCUGAUGACGGAGCCUAUGGGGCGGAGGUUGUGGGGUGAAGGCCACCCCAGGACCCAUAGAUGUCCCUAUGGCCCCUCUCAUUGGAUGAACCCCAUCUAACAGCUCUGCCCCACAGCAGCGAUGGAGCCCCCCAAGCUAUGGGGCAGCAUGAAGGUGUUGAGAACGUUGGUGUUGGUGGUGUCUAUGGUGACCCCAGCGGUGGAUGGGGACACGCGUGUGGUCGGGGGCAUGGACUGUGAGCCCCAUUCACAGCCAUGGCAAGUGGCCAUCCUGGACAUGUACAAGCUGUACUGCGGAGGGGUCCUGGUGGACAAGGAGUGGGUGGUGACGGCCGCGCAUUGUACCACACCGGGGAUCACCAGUGUCCAUAUGGGCAAGCACAACCUAUACACCCGCGAGCAGGGUGAGGUGCAGAAGAUGGUGCAGAAGAUGGUAGCUCACCCCAGCUACGACCCCACCACCAAGGACAAUGACAUCAUGCUGAUGAAGCUGCUGACUCCCGUCACCAUCACCGACCGCAUCCAGCCCAUCCCCGUGGCCUCCUGCCUGCCCCGGCCGGGCACCACCUGCACCACGUCCGGGUGGGGGGCGACCACCUCGCCUGAAGCCGAGUGCCAGCGCCUGUACCCAGGCUCCAUCACCGACAACAUGCUGUGCGCCGGCAGCCUGCAGGGGGGCAGGGACUCCUGCCAGGGUGACUCCGGAGGACCCCUGGUCUGCAACAAGAGCCUCCAAGGGAUCGUGUCUUGGGGCAUGGAGAAGUGUGGGCAGCCCAAGCGCCCUGGUGUCUACACCAAGGUCUGUAGAUAUGCCCAAUGGAUCCACCAGACCAUAAAGGACAACUGAGCUCCGAGCACUGUUGU